UUCAUGAGUUAUAGUGUGUAAAUAAACAGUUCUUGGUUAAUGCUCGGUUCGGAAACCUGCAUGUGACUCAUUCAGUGCCCUGUCCCGUCCCUCCGUUAACAGGACUGCGGGGGCCACUUCAUUCUCGGAAACACCGGCUCUGAACAGACGUACACCAAAUUACGCGUCUGGCGCGCUCCUCGAUGGUCUGGACCAGAUCCUAAAACAACGGAACAUCGACACGACCUCUUCUUCUGUGGAUCAUAAAACAUGCGAAACCUAAGUCCGGGGGUCUCAGUCGGUGCCCACAAACUCAAACAGGGAACUCCCACGACGUGUUCAGGCUGUUUCUCUCCUUUGCGCACACUCUUCCAGCAUCCGUGACCAUGUCGUCGGGUCUGCCUCCAUCCCUUUAUAUCGUGAUGGAGGUGGUGAUCGCUGUGUCGUCGGUCAUCGGGAACGUUAUGGUGGUCUGGGCUGUGCGUAUUAACCGGUCUUUGAGAGACACCACGUUUUGUUUCAUCGUCUCUUUGGCCUUGGCUGACAUUGCAGUCGGGGCUCUAGUCAUCCCUCUCGCCAUAACCAUCAGCAUCGGACUCCAGACGCACUUCUACAGUUGUUUACUGGUCGCCUGCACUGUGCUCGUCCUUACGCAAAGUUCAAUCCUGGCACUGCUGGCCAUCGCAAUCGACCGCUAUCUGAGAGUGAAAAUACCCAUGAGCUACAAGCGGGUGGUGACCCCUCGGCGAGCUGGCACGGCUGUGCUGCUCUGUUGGCUGGUGUCUAUCGUGGUGGGCCUCACACCCAUGCUGGGCUGGAAUAAUCUCCAAUAUCUCCGCGACAAUGGCUCUCUGGUGACUGAUGAUCUCCUGGUGACCUGUGAGUUUGAGACAGUCAUCAGCAUGGAUUACAUGGUCUACUUCAACUUCUUCGGCUGGGUGCUGCCACCCCUGCUCCUCAUGCUGGCCAUCUAUGUGGAGAUCUUCUACAUGAUCCAUAAGCAGCUCAACAAGAAGGUGACGGCCAAUCACAGUGACCCGAGACGUUACUUUGGCAAGGAGCUCAAGCUGGCCAAGUCCCUCGCCCUUGUCCUUUUCCUCUUCGCCGUCAGCUGGCUCCCCCUCCACAUCCUCAACUGCAUCACCCUCUUUUGCCCCAGCUGUGACAAGCCGAUGUUUCUCAUUUACAUCGCCAUCAUCCUCACCCACGGCAACUCGGCCGUCAACCCCAUUGUUUAUGCUUUCCGCAUCAAGAAAUUCCGCACGGCUUUCCACAAAAUCUGGAAACAGUACAUGCUUUGUCAGGAUCCAGUUGGUCGGCUUCCUCAAAGAGGGAGCCAGAGAGGGCUAAGUCAUGAGAGGAGGCUGAGGCAGAAUGAUGACGAUGACGAUGAUGUGUGACCUUCAGCGGCUAAUUGGAUUGCUGUGUAAGUUUUACUCCAGUGGUUCACAGAAUGGACAGGACUGGAAAGGUUUAUAUUCAUGCUUGAGGGAUUACUGGUCAAACUGCCUUAAUGGCAACAGGACGUCAGAGGCAUGAAACAAAUGAAGGAACUCAAGACUGAAAAACCUGUGCGUUUUAAGACGACAGGAAGACAAAUCAGCAUGGAGAAUAGACCCACCCUUACUAAGUCAGACUGUGAUUUAGAGGAGAGUAUGUUUAUUUCUCUUCAGUGAUGUCAAAAGGGGUAAUGGGCUUUUCAUCAGUUUCAACAUGAACCUGUUGAACUUGAAUCAGUGAGUGUAAAUGUGUAGCACAUGAGGUAUUCUAGUAAUAUUUGUACUGUAUUUUUGACCUGAACUACAACUCAUGGCCUUUUAUCAUGUGAAUGAUCUCAAAUAGUUAAAGCAUUUUAUUUUCUGCUACAUUCACAUACUGAGUUCUGUGGCCUUAAAGGACAGAAAUUAGGAAGAGAAAGUGAGGGAAAAAAAUAGGAUUGUGUUGAUUCUUUGUGUGUGAACUGUAAACCUGUGGAGGACAAGCCAGAGUGUGUGUAACCAUCUUUGGGAAGGAAUGGGACACAGGAUUUUUGUUAGGGAAUAGAUGAAACAAACUUACAUUGUGUUUGUGUGCGGAUCUCUGUUAUGAUGAACCCCCCUGGUCCGACAGCGCCACAGUUACCCAGUAACACAAAAGACUCAUGGCCUUAAUAGACAUAUUGUGCAUUAGUGCGUGUUAAGGUAAUGCUUUUAGGCAUUUUGGAGACCAGAUCAUUGACAGGAUGACUGAUACGAGGUGACGCUUGCAGCUUAAAAUGCUUCAAUGCUAUAAUUAAAUCCAUAAACAUGUACAUUUCCCGCUAAUGUUUACAUCGGAGCAAUCUGUUGAAACUACUGUAUGUUCCUACUUAGUAACUGAACAAGACUGUGAAUCUGAAAAUGUCAGAGCUACUCCACUUAUGUUUUAUUUGAUAUUGAAGAAAAUCUGACACUGCUCAUGCUUACUUUUUCAAAAUAUGCGCUCAAAAUAGUUACAUCAAUGAAACGUCCUUUUUUUUUUUUUUUUUUUUUUUAUGUACAAUUAAAUGACUUAAAUAUUAACAUGAAAAGGGUCUCCUUAGACUGACAGUAUGUAUUAUUUGUUACUAAUGUACUGUAUGUAAAAAUCUUAAUGGGAGAUACUGUACAGACAUUUGUGAUACAUCAGGAAAUCCACCUCUCAAGCAUAUCAUUAGAUUUUAUUGUGACUACUACAAAUUAAAACACGUUUAUUAGUAAAAUACUGCAGCAACUGUUAGUGCUUUAUGUACAUUUGCAGGUGAAAACGUCUAAAUUCACUGUAUUUACUCUAUACAUCAGACCUCAGUGGCAGUAGGAUGUUUUCCUGCAAGAAUCAAGGCUGUCACUGAUAGAGGGCAAUUAUUUAUCUGAACCCACCGCCAAGAGCAGGUCCGUGUGGGGAUUAAGGGAGGAGGUUACAAGGGUGUCAGAGUCUGGGGGUAAAGUUGGACAAAGUGGGAGGAUUAAUCCGUUAACAAGGCAAGCAUGAAGUGAGAGUGCAGCUCUACAGAGAUGACUUUGAUGCCUGUAAAUGUGACCCUGUUGAUCUUUGUCUUAGCCUACUGUAGCAUAUAGUGUGUAUAACAGUAUAGACAAUACACACACAUCUGCUUUUAUUAGUAUAUUCACUGCAUUUCCAAAGCUGCUUGUGUAUAGUUGUGUUUUCUCACUUGUUUAAAACCUGCAUUUGUGUAAUCUGUUUUUUGAAAGGGAAAUAUUUUUGCCUAUAAAGACCCAGUGCUACUUUAAUGUCAGUUUCCAAAUG